AUGUUUCAACCACCUCCACCACCGCCACCACGAGUGAUAACCUACAAAACAUUAAGGGAUAACGGUGCAGAAUUAUUCCUUGGGGAUCGCAUCGGUGAACCCCAAAUUGCAUGGGACUGGAUCGAGCAGACUGCUCGAGUGUUGGAGGAUCUUAAUGUACCCAUUGGCAACUAUCCCCGACUGGCGUCUCAGCUACUUCGCAAGGAAGCCUACGAGUGGUGGAAGAGGACCGAUGAGAGUGCGGGAACCCCUAAGCCUUGGACAUGGGCACAUUUCGAAUGGGCAUUCAAACAAGAAUAUAUUCCAAAACGUUUUAGCGAAGAAAGACGUAAGGAAUUUGUCGAAUUGCAACAGGGAGACAUGACACUCCCCGAGUAUCGUCAGAAGUUUACCAGUCUUGCUAAGUUUGCACCAACCUUGGUGAGUACCCCAACCGAUCGCAUCGAGGAAUUCAAGAAGAAACUUCGACCUGACCUUAGGUCGCGUGUGUCCGUCCUAACCACCGUGGAUUUCGCGGAGGCCUAUGAUCUCAUAGCCAGGGCAGACAGCGACUUGAGUGCUUGCAUUGAGUAUCUGAAGACAAAUAAUGUCAGUUCAAGAAUUCACCGUUCCAUCAGCUCUAUCUCAAAAGGAAAAAGGCCCUUCCAGGAAUCUAGCAAUUCACACUUCUCAAAGAAGGGGAAAUCGUUGUAGACGCACUCUGUGGCAUCAGAAAACAAAUCAAAAGGGUGGAAACACCCAUUGUGCGAUACAUGUGGAAGACAUCAUCCAGGCGAGUGUUGGCUUGCCCAAGGAUUAUGUCUAGGUUGCGGCAAACCUGGACAUUUUCGAAUAGAUUGCCCCACUAAUCCUGCAAACCAUUUCCGACAGCCCCAGUUGUCAGCCAAUCAGCAUCAGCACGACCUGCGCCAAGUCAACGAUCAACGGCGGGAUCUAAUCCGGCCAAGAACCUGAGUCAGCAACAGGGACGAGCUCCUGCUCGAACUUAUGCAAUGAAGGCACGAGAUGAGG